GGAGGGGAGGAGACAAUCAUGUAGUAUAGCUUAGCUAGAUCCCUAACAGAAGGCCUGGAAGUGGAAGGGAAAAGGAAAAGCCAGGGAAGAAGAUGCCAGCCAGCCAAGUACUUGCAGCAGUACUACUACUCCACUGAUAGUCUCAGGCAGCGGUAGGGCAGCUCUUUCCCCUUCUAUAUUCUCCCAAUCAACCCCCACAGAGAAAAAGUGGGCAGGAAAAGCAGCCGCGAGGUAGAGAAAGAGAAAGGAAGAAACAUCAUCUCCACUCAGAGCCAGCAGUGCUCUUCUCUCAAGGCCUGAAGCUAGCUAGCUAGCUCUAACAACGGUGUGUGUGUGAGAGAGAGAGAGAGAGGAGAGAUGGCGUGGUGGGCAGGGAGCAUGGGCGGCUUGGAUCUCCGCAACCACCUGGCGCAGUUCGGCGGCCCGGCCGCCGGCGGUGCCAUGGGCGGCGCCGAGCAGGCCCCGACCACACCGAACAGCAGCGGGAGCAACAACCAUGACGAGUCAUCCGGCGCAGCGCAGGAUUCCCCCACCGCUGGCGCGGGCGACAACUCCCCUAACCCCAACGCCGCCAUCUCAGGCUCAGGCCCGUCUGGAGGAGGCAGCGGCGGCGGCGGGGGGUCGUCGUCGGGCAGGCGGCCGCGAGGGAGGCCAGCGGGAUCCAAGAACAAGCCCAAGCCGCCGAUCAUCAUCACGCGGGAGAGCCCCAACACGCUGCGGUCGCACGUGCUGGAGAUCGCCAGCGGCGCCGACAUCAUGGAGGCCGUGGCCACCUUCGCGCGCCGGCGGCAGCGCGGGGUCUCCGUGCUCUCCGGCAGCGGCGUCGUCGGCAACGUCACCCUGCGCCAGCCCGCGGCGCCGCCCGGCUCUGUCGUCACGCUCCACGGCCGUUUCGAGAUCCUCUCCCUCUCCGGCGCCUUCCUCCCAUCGCCGUGCCCGCCGGGGGCCACUGGCCUCGCCGUCUACCUCGCCGGCGGGCAGGGCCAGGUCGUGGGCGGCACGGUCAUCGGGGAGCUCGUCGCGUCUGGCCCUGUCAUGGUCGUCGCGGCCACCUUCUCCAACGCCACCUACGAGCGCCUCCCGCUCGCCGAGGAAGAGCCUGGCGAGGCGGCCGUGGCGGCCACCGGAUCCGACGGGAUGCAGUUGCCGGAUGUACCGGCGCCGGGAGGAAACGGCGGGAUGGGUGCGGCCGUCGGCGUGCCCGGACUGACAGACCCAUCGUCGAUGCCAUUCUACAACCUACCGCCCAACCUCAUGCCUAAUGGAGGCGGUCAGAUGCCACACGAUGUGUUUGGCUCCUUCCGGCCGCCACCACCGGCGUUCUAGCUAUAGCUAGCCAGCCAGCGAGGUGUCUCGUCUCUCGAUCGACCCCCCUCUUUUUCUCUUGCUCCUUUCUUCUUUCUUUCCAACUUCACAUAUCACUGUUGUGAUCUCUCUCCUUAUUUUGAUUUAGGUGCUAUACUGUUUAAUUAUUAGUUAGCUUUGAGUGUUUGCCAGUGCGCUUAAUUACUCGUGGAUCAAGGAGAAAUUGCAUUUUCUUUA